UCUAUCUGAUAGUUUUUUUUUUUGUAUCUCAUGGAGUUGACGAACCAAAGUCAAAUAUUACAGUACAAUUGUUUAGUGAUUUUUCAAAUAUUUCACAACUCAUUAGGACUUUUUCCAGUGAUUCAACCAAUUGAAUAAAUGAAGAAAUAAAAGUGAAGUGCUAUCCUAAAACAAUAAUUUUAACAAUAAAUUUAAUAAUAUUUUGCCAAGUAAAAAGUUGAAUAAAGUCAAUUAAUAAAUAAAUGAGUGAUAAUAAAAUAAUAAUAAUAAUUACCAUAAAAUAGAGAAGAGGAAGGAAGGAAGGAAGGAAGAACAAUAGAUGAAUUAAAAUAAUAGCGAAAUUUUGUAAUAAAACCUUGGAACAAAAUUCCUGUCCUUGUACUACUUAAGAAGAAGCCAUCAAGAACAACAAACGGACUACAGGAAGAUUUAUUGUCUACUUUACUUUCGAUGAAUGGAAUGAAUUAUUCAUGUUCAACAACCGGCAUUCACUGUCAGCCAUCUUGUCGUUGUUCUCUGUAGUUAAAACAGAUUACUAGAAGUCUUUUAUCAUCAAUUAACGAUUGUAGUGAUUCAUUUUAUCAACAGUCGUACACAAAGAGUGAUAAUUCCCAAUAUGAAUUUACUGGUUUUAAUCCCACUCUUUCUUGUAUCCAUCAAAGCUGCUCCAUACUCCGACAAUUCAGUAAUUGCCAGAUACUCACCAGACAGCUUUUCUAAUGAUAUUAAUCAUGUAGAAGAGUCUGAAAAAGUAGAUAACACCAAAGAUGAUAAGAAUCAAGAGAAUACAACAUCAAAAUCCUCAGACAUGCAGAUUCAAAAUACAUCUAAAGUGAACAAAAAUCGAUGGCAUAAAAGUUUCUCUUGGAAUAAAUCUUAUAUUCCUUCAACUAACAAAUAUCCUUCAGUAUCACGUAAUGAAAAUUACAUGAAUUUUAUAGGAGAAAAACGUCCAGGAAAUCGCAAAAAUCAUCAAGAUAGCAAAAUUUUUUAUGUUCGUUUACCACCAGCACCAUACUUUUAUGUACCAGGUCUGGGUUAUAUUUCUAAUCCUCCCAAGUUUUCAACAUCGAGUUUGAAACCUUAUCAACCUCAUUCACACCAUACAAAUUCUAUCAUUAGAUUACCAAUUGAUUUUGUAAGUAAUGGCAAACCUACUUCAGUAUACCAAUGGAAUAAAAAUAAAAAUCAUAAACCGGCCAAGAAGCCAAUCAAUUCAAUAAGUAAACUAAAAAAAGGACCGUAUAUAUUCAAUGGGAAACCCACCAGUCUUUACUUACUUAGUCCUAAUGGACAAACAAGUCUACAUCAGCCUAUCAAAUAUGCUGAUAUUCAAGAAAAUAAUAUCUAUUGAUAGACCUAUUUUAAGUCAACAUCAAAUAUCUAAGUGAAAAAAUUAAUUAUUAUUCAAGACUAAGUGAUGAUAUUUUUUUAUUUUGAUUAUCAGUUUUCUUCAGGAAUGACUUUUUUAUACAUAUUAAUCUAAACAAGUUACUUUUUAAAAACCUUAGUGAAAUUAUCGCUGAAAGUUUAAUGAAUAUGCGUGACCAUGACCGUGUGGUGGUCUUUUUCAGUGAAAAUAUAUGGUGUGAUUCCUGACGACCUUGAGAUGUAAAACACACACACACAUAUGCAAGUCAUGUAUUUUCAUAUUCAGGUGCUUUAUUUUAUUGAUAACGCGAUAUAAUAUUAUUAUAUAGUCUAUUUAUAUAGUGCCUUAUAUUCUAUGCUCACUAUCAUUAUUAUAAUAAGUAAUGAUGAUGAUGAUGAUGAUGAUGAAUUUAUUUUUCUAAUUAUAUAUAAGUUAUAGUGAUUGACUAGAGAAAUGUCAAAAAGUCAAUUAUUGUGAGAAAUAACUUAGAGAAUACUUUUUUUACAAUUUUUCAUGUAAUGAUAAUAAUAAAGUAAUUAAUAAUUAUUGAAGAACCAAAUAAGAACAAUGAGAAUUUAUAUAGGAAUUUCAUUUGACCGCUAUUAUCAAUAAUUAAAUGUAAAUAUUGAAUGAAAUUCUAAUGUAAGUUCUAAAGAAAUACUUAAAGGUAAAUUAUUUGCAAGAAUACUUGAGUAUUAAAUGACAAUGGGUGCUUGGAUUGACUGAGCUUACAUUGAGUAAGAAUAAUCCAAGUGAAUGAAGUUUGAUAAAGAACACACAUCAAGUCGGUGAUUCUAAUUAUAAUGUUGAAAACAUGCAAUAACAGUCAUUAUCGUAAUUCAUUCAACACCUUAAUGAUGAGUAAUUAUAUAAUAAACACUGCUCUGUCUACG